AUGGCCGCUCUCGCGCGUCAGGUCGACGUCGCCUCCACCUCUCGUCUCGAUUCCGAAUCCGACGUUCCAGUGUUCUUGGCGACGCGCAAAUCGCUCUUUCCCAGGCCUCCUUCUCCCACACGAGUCCUCUCUAACCCCGACCUCGCCGACAGGAUCUCCCGGGUCCCGUCCGCACGAAUCCUUACCGCCGCGUGGAGAUCCCAGAUGGUCGAUUCGAUCGCCACGUGGCAGUCCUGGGAGCUGCCAGUUCCUUCCGAACACAGCUUCUGGUCUCACGGCGCAGCAGCUGCAGCUGAUUCUGCUGACGUGGCAAAGCUGCGGACUCUCCGCUGCGCAGACGCAGGUUGGGCUCCGUCGCUCCUCGCCAUGCUCGCUGUACAGCCGCCGUCCGGCGCGGUGUGCAAUUUAAUCUCCCGCCAGUUGCACCCGCUGCUGCUCUGGGACGACUGGAUGAAGCGACACGGCUCCUCAGAUGAGUUUACCGCCUUAGCGUCCGUGUUUCGCGCUCAGGAGAGGCUGGUUGCGGCGACAUUGCCAGCCUCUGGCGACGAGCAGCAAGCGACGGUGAGCGACGACUCGUUGGCGUUCCCGAAGCGGCUCGACGCGAAGUUUCCUCUAAAGAAAAAGGCGUUCUGCGACUCGUUAUCCGCGCUACGGAAUGAAGCCGCGGGUUCCAGCAAGUUCUGGCUGGCGCGGUAUCUACGCAGUCUGCAGCAGUACGCUCUUGUCGGCUUGCCGCUUCACCAGACGGUUAAGCGGCAGGCAGCAGCCGGCGACAGCCCCUCCCUUGAUGAUUAUCUCCUGUACCGCGCUGCCACCUCCCCCGCAAUUCCCGCCGCCUUUCUCGCCGCCGCGUCGCGCAACCUCCCUCCCGUGUCUGACAGCACGCUCGAGUCGCUCGUCCUCCCUCUCCUCUUCGUCGGCUCCGCGUUUUCCGCUCUGAAAGGCGACUCGCUGCUGGAGCGGCGGCGCCGCCUGCACGAAUCCGCGUCGCUACUAGCAUCGCUCCUAUUCGACGCCGAAACCGGUUCAUUGCUUCUGGACACCAUCGAAGCUGCUUUUGUCCAGAUGGCGGCGAAGGUUGAGAAGGAGGCGAAGCGGUUGCAGCUGGCGUCGGAACGUGUCGCGGUUUCUUCGUUCGUGCAGCUUCUCAGAAGCGUCGUCCACGGCGUGAGCCUAUGGCAGGGCGCCGCGUGGCGGUUCCGGGACCUCACGGCUGCUCCUGCAGGCGCUUCGGUUGAGAGCUACUCCGAGGGCGUCGUAUAUGCUAGCGAGUCGGACUCUGAUAGCGAGGAUGAGUGGGGUAGCAGCGGUAGCCGGCGCAGCAGCCACAGCAGCCUGAGCAGCAUGAGCAGCAGUGGCAGCUUGAGUGGUGCAGAGGUGCCUCAGUGGAUUCUGGAGCAGAUCGAAUCAGCCUCUGCACGCUUCGCUGCCCAAUGA